GGGUGGCCAGGAGCCCGGGCUCUUCCCGGCCAGCGGGCAGGCGGCGGCGGGCAUGGCAGAGGCACGGCCGGGGCCGGCGGGGCUGCAGCUCAGCGCGCUGCCCGACGAGUCGCCGCUGCUGCAGCCCAGCCUGGCCGAGCUGCGGCGCCGGGCCGGGGAGGCCGAGCUCGAGCCGGGGCCGCUGUCGCUCACCGACUCCUUCCUGCUGCGGUUCCUGCGCGCCCGGGACUUCGACCUGGACCUGGCCUGGCGGUUGCUACAAAACUAUUUUAAGUGGAGAUCUGAAUGUCCAGAAAUAAGUGCAGAUCUACACCCUAGAAGUAUUCUUGGUCUUCUAAAGGCAGGCUACCUUGGAGUCCUGAGAGCUAGAGAUCCAACUGGAAGUAAAGUUCUUAUUUACAGAAUUGCAUACUGGGAUCCAAAGGUUUUCACAGCUUAUGAUGUAUUUCGUGUAAGCCUAAUCACAUCCGAGCUUAUUGUACAGGAAAUUGAAACACAACGAAAUGGUAUCAAGGCUGUCUUUGAUCUGGAAGGUUGGCAAUUUUCUCAUGCUCUUCAAAUUAGCCCAUCUGUAGCCAAGAAGAUUGCUGCGGUUCUUACAGAUUCCUUCCCAUUAAAAGUUCGUGGUAUUCAUUUGAUAAAUGAGCCCGUGAUUUUCCAUGCUGUCUUUUCAAUGAUCAAACCAUUCCUAACUGAAAAAAUUAAAGACCGGAUUCAUAUGCAUGGGAGCAAUUACAAAGAGAGUUUACUUCAGCAUUUCCCAAAUAUCCUUCCUUUGGAAUAUGGUGGUGAAGAGUUUUCCAUGGAAGACAUUUGUCAGGAGUGGACAAAUUUUAUAAUGAAGUCUGAAAAUUAUCUCAGCAGUAUUUCCCAGGGUAUUCAAUGAGAUGUUAUUUAAUGUGAUUGGCUUUCUAAUUUAAAAUAUAUGAGUGAGAUCCAAUGUGGUUACAUGAAUGAUAGAAAAAGAAUCUUCUAAGUUAAUUAAUCAAGGUCUACAAGAUUGAUGCUUAAAAAGGUAAACAUCUGGACAGCAGAGAUGGCUUAAAGGGGUGCACACUUUGAAUGCAGAAAGACGGAAAUCUGUGGUUCAAUUCCUGUGGCAGUACCUGGUCUGGGAGAACCACCUGGAGAACCGGAGCGCAGAGCCAAGCCUGGUAUACAAGCACUGCUGAGUGUGGACCCUCAACACCCCUCCCCCCAAAGACAUCAAAAUGUAAAAAUCUUAUGGUAUGAGCAAUCUGGGUAUUGGGGGAUACAACUUUUAAAAUGAAUUUUCUUAGCAUUUGAAGUUACUAAAUGUUGGUGCAUUAAUUUUAAAUGAUGAGUUAGUGCACCAUAGAAAGAUUCCUGACAUUGGCACUUGAAAGUUAUCUCUAAAGUAGCUUACUCAUUUGUUCUAUGUUUUUGAAGUUUCAUUUUAAACAAGUUCUUGAUUAUAUUGGCCUAGCAAUCAAAUUAUAAACAGUUCAAUGAAAAGAAAUAUUAGCACAGGUCAACUGCUGGUAAAAAUCUGUUAACACUCAUUUUGGGUGAGAUCGUAUUAGAUUGUUAUUUCGAUGAAAACCUCAAUAUAGUUUUACAGACUACUUCUAUUUGUCAGGAAGGUAAUUAAUCUCAGGGAAAUUCUUUUAGCACACUUGCACAAUAGAAGUUUUGACGGAAAAAUCUAUAUAUCAUAAACUAAAGUAUUAGCACUGUGGGUCUCUGAAAUUAUUUGUGGUGAUACAAUAUAUAAUAAAAAAUAAUUUAGAACAAAAUUUCAGGUCAAUUGAUGGCCUCAAUACUUUCUGCACUUUCAAAUAAAAUAUAUCAUUUUGAAUUCUGUUCUUGUUUACUUUUAUAUAAACUACAUAGAGAUGUAGAGAUGAAAUAUUAUUUGGUUGUCAUAAUAUAGACACUUUUAAAAUUAAGCAAUGAUACAACUACACAGGACAGGGAAAUGCCUAAAUUUUUAAAAUACAGUUUAAAAACUCAAUUAUGUCUGGAGCCUUAGAUUUGUGUAUGUCAAAAUAUUCGAGAAGUCUAUAAUUCAUAUUUAAUUUUAGAUAAGCAGUUAGAAGGAGCUGGAAAGAGAAUACAAUGGGUAGUAUGUUUAUCUUGCACAUGGCUGACACUGGCUUAAUCCCAAAUUUCAAAUGUGAUUCUCCAAAUACCACCAGAAGUGAACCCUGAACACAGCUAGGAGAAACCUUGACUACAGCUGGCCAUGGACCCCAA